AAUCUUUAAAAGUACCGAUAUUCGUAUUGGGAUACUCAAUUUAAUGUGAGCUUUAAUGAGAGAGACAAAUAUCGAUACUGAUACAAGCCACAAGUAAUUGUUAGUUCGUAUUGUAAAACCUCAUCCACUUACUAAAUUAUUGGUAUUGAUGCAACACAAUUCUCAAAUUUCUCUAUUAAAGAUUGUUGCUCAUUCAUUUUGUGUUAAUUAUUUAUUAUUUUAAUUAUCUUUAUUGAUUGAAUCUUUAAACUAAUUGAUUCUUCUUUCUGUUCAUCUGACACUUGGGUAAAUUUUAUAUGAUUUUUCCCCUUAUUAUUCAACAAUUCAACAACAGUGCUCAUCAUCAUCAUCAUCAUCAUUACGAUUACCUUCAUCAGUCUUACUUUUUAAUAUCUCUCUGACUCAUCACGAGUUCAAUCAAAUUGGAUAUUUUGGUUCCAAAUAGCAUAUUUUAUGGAAGAUUACAAGUAUUUAUUCAAAAUCGUUCUCAUAGGAAACGCUGGGGUUGGAAAAACAUGCCUUGUUCGUCGAUUUGCUCAGGGUGUAUUUCCUAAUGUUCAGGGUGCUACCAUUGGAGUUGAUUUCAUGAUUAAGUCUUUAAUGGUUAACGAUGUCAAAGUUAAACUUCAAAUUUGGGACACCGCUGGCCAGGAACGAUUCCGAUCGAUAACACAAAGCUAUUAUAGAAGUGCACAUUGUUUAAUAUUGGUUUAUGAUGUUUUUUCACAAUGCUCUUUUGAUUCGUUACCACAAUGGUGUCGAGAUAUUGAUCAAUAUGCUGGUGCAGCCAUCGCUGGUAACGGCCGUAAUGUUCUUAAGGUUCUUGUUGGUAACAAAUGUGAUAAAGACCGUGAAGUUCCUUUACACAUUGCUGAACAAUUUGCACACAACAACAAUUUCGAUUUAUUCAUGGAAACAUCAGCAUUAGAGGCUGAAAAUGUGGAAAAGUUAUUUCGUGAAAUUGCUGAAAUCCUGGUUAGCCGUAAUCAAGAAUCAAAUGGUGGCACAAUGUCGCGCUCUAUCACUUCAAAUAGCUUUAACCAAUCUUCAAAACCAUCUAAUUGUUUUAAUUGUUUUUCAAAUUAGUUUUACUAAUCGUUUGCUUUUGUUUUUUACACAUAAUUAUUAUAUGCAUUAUUUACUGUUUGUUUUUGUGGCAAAAACCAAUUCCAUUCACUUUGCCUUUUUCAAUUUGAAUUUUCAUUCACCAUUCGCUUUUUACUUAAACACAAAACUGUUCAUUGUCGCAAAACUCCAGAAUCACGAAAAACAUACACCAAAAAAACAAAAACCAAAAACUCACCAAUAAUUAUCAUCAUCAUUAUCAUCGCUAUUGUCGUCGUCAACAAUUUAUGUGGAUUCACAAACAGAUUUAAAUCAACUACAGUUUCAAGUCCACAUUUUGCCUUUUUUUCUCAGUUGACUUUCACAUUUUGCUGUUACUAUCCCGUGAUUGACUGAUGAUUAACAUAAUCAAAUAUUAAAACUGUGCUUUAAGAAAAGUCUCACAAUAUUGUCCAUGUAUUUUUCAAAUUAUUAAAUCAAUCAAAGCAAUUAUCUAAAUGUCAAAGCCUUUCUAUCAAAGUAACGAAAUUAUUCUAAAAUGUCAUAAAAUUAAAUAACGAA